GGUACCAUAAAAUUAGUUAAGAAGAGAGAGAAAGAAAGAAAGAGGGGGGACGGCAAACAUGAGUACUGAGUGAGACCCAUUUUGCCAUUUCUACAUCACACAAUUUUACACCUUAGAAUUUAGAAAUAGACCCCAUUUCCUCCUCUUCCUUCUUCUCCUCCACCUUAUCUAUCCCUUGAUUCUUCAUCUUCUUGAUUUUUAUUUUUUUUCUAGGGAGAAAUAUUGUUAAUAGAGAGAGAGAGGGAGAGAGAGAGAGAUGGGAAAUUGCCAGGCUAUUGAUGCUGCAGCACUAGUAAUACAACAUCCGAAUGGGAGGAUAGACCGGAUGUACUGGUCGGUGAGCGCGAGCGAGGUGAUGAAAAUGAACCCGGGUCACUAUGUUUCUUUGAUUAUUCCAUUGCCUAUUUCCGACGAAGAAAAAACCGAUGAAAAGACCGUACGGUUCACCCGGGUUAAGCUUCUCCGGCCUACUGACACUCUUGUUCUUGGUCGGGCUUAUCGCCUUGUCACUACUCAAGAGGUUAUGAAGGUGUUGAGAGCGAAGAAGUCCGCGAAAAUGAAGAACCAGCAAGAAUUAGGUGAGAAAUUGCCGACGAAGGCAGAGAAACAGAGUUCGAUUUGUGAUGAAGAAGCAGGGAAGAUUAAGUCUGAAUUGGAGAAAACCAAUCAGGGAAUAAGAGAUGAAAGACACCGACAGAGGUCAGGAUCCACCAAUUUCGCUGCAGCAAGGUCAAAAGCGUGGCGGCCUUCCUUACAGAGCAUCUCCGAGGGAGGAAGCUAAUGGCGGUUUUAAUUUUAACGACCGGGGAAUGGUACAGAAAGUGGAAUGAAAUUCAUCUUCCCUUCAAACCUGGACACACAAAAAAUUAGAGAAUCCAUGGAAAGUUGAUAUCAAGAAUCAAGAUAUCAAUACCAUUGUGAACCACAGUUUCUAGUAUUUUGAACCACAAUUCAGUAAUAAUAAUACCUCUGUAUAGCUAAAAAGAGCAAUGGAAAUGAACAUUUUUUUUUCAAUCCAACAGAAGAAUUUUAUUUUGCACACA